AUGGCCCGACCCACAACCAUACAUAGGGCCUUUAUCGGUCUGUCCACCGCGUUCUGGCUUGCGCUGGCGAGGGCUCCAGGAUGCAAUGUGUUCGGCGAAGACAUUGAACGAUUGCAACUAACCGUCUCGUAUCAAACUGAUACCCGGCUCCAUGUGAAGAUCACGGACGCCUCGAAACCUCGAUACGAAGUACCAGAUGAAGUCUUUCCUCGUCCAACCCCUCAGCGAACCCCAGUUCGAAAGUCCCAGCUUGUAUUCAACUAUACCGCAUAUCCCGAACCGUUCUCGUUCACCGUAUAUCGCCGUUCCACCAGGGAAGCCCUAUUCUCAACGCGCGGCCAUCCCCUGAUAUUCGAGGACCAGUAUCUCCGCUUGAAGACUUCCCUUCCCCGAGACGCCAACAUCUACGGACUGGGAGAACAUACAGAAACCUUCCGUCUGGACCCCGACAACCAUGGCAGAGGCAUGGUGCGAACCUUAUGGAGUCGGGACUCGUUCGGGCUUCCCAACGGCACCAACCUCUACGGCAACCACCCUGUGUAUUUCGAGCAUCGUGUAACAGGAACGCAUGGUGUCUUCCUUCUCAAUUCGAACGGGAUGGACAUCAAACUCAAUCGAACGAGUUCAGGAGCAUCCCUCGAAUACAACGUGCUUGGCGGUGUUCUUGACUUCUACUUCCUGGCGGGGAGCGAGACAGAGCCUGAGGAGGUGGCAAAGCAGUAUGCCGAACUGGCUGGGCUCCCAGCGGAAGUACCGUAUUGGGGGUUAGGAUUCCACCAGUGUCGGUUCGGAUACAAAGACUUUGUGGACGUCGCAGGCGUGAUCUCCAAAUACAAGGCGUCAGGGAUACCACUAGAGACGAUGUGGGCUGAUAUCGACUACAUGGAUCGCCGUCUUAUCUUCACCCUGGACCCUCAAUACUUCCCUCUCAACCGAAUGCGAGAGAUCGUGGACUAUCUACACCGGAAUAAUCAGCACUUCAUUGUCAUGACGGACCCUGCUGUAGGCUACCUCCCGAACGCAGGGUACGGGCCUUAUGACCGGGGAGAAGAGUUGGGUGUUUGGGUGAAGAAUCCAGACGGAUCGAACCACCUGGGCUUGGUUUGGCCCGGCGUGACCGUGAUCCCGGACUGGUUCCACCCCAAGGUUGAAGAAUAUUGGACUGCAGAGUUUGCGCGGUUUUACGAUUCGGAGACUGGUCUCGACAUUGACGGGGCAUGGAUCGACAUGAACGAACCGGCUAGCUUCUGCGAAUAUCCCUGCAACGACCCUUUCGAAGAAGCCGAGAAACAAAACCUUCCACCACCCCGCAACAAUCCCCCUCCCAACGCCGAUGCACCAAUCUUCACCGACGAUGUAGAUCAGAGGGACUUCAAAGCAGAGAACGACGUCCGCGCGACCGAAGAAGCACCCAAUGCCAUCGUGAUUAACGCUCACGACAGGAAUCAACCCUCUGUCAAACGCCAGUCGGGAAGCACCGAGGAGGAUCUACUGCUCGAGCCGCUGUAUGCCAUCGAAAAUGCCGCGGGAGCGCUAUCCGCGAGAACCGCCUACACGACAGCAGUCCAUGCGAACGGACUUCGAGAAUACGACACCCACAACCUCUAUGGCACGAUGAUGUCUUCAUACACCCGCAAAGCAAUGCUAGCUCGACGCCCUGGUCGUCGUCCCCUAAUCAUCACCCGUUCAACCUUCGCUGGGGCAGGACGGGAUGUAGGAAAGUGGCUGGGUGACAACUACAGCACCUGGGCCCAUUACCGCGUCAGCAUCGCCGGGAUGCUGAACUUUGCCUCCGUGUUUGGCAUGCCGAUGGUUGGAAGCGAUGUUUGUGGGUUUGCGGGGAAUACAACCGAGGAGCUAUGUGCGAGUCAGGAGUUUUACAUCUGGCCGAAGACUAGACAAGCAGCGAAAGCGGCGAUCGACAUUAGAUAUCGUCUCCUGGAUUACCUGUAUACCGCGCUCAACAAGGGUCAUCUUGACGGGACGCCAGUUCUCUCGCCCCUCUGGUACAAGUACCCUAAGGACAAGACCACCUUCCCGAUCGAUCUUCAGUUCUUCUACGGCCCCUCCUUGCUCGUUUCUCCCGUUACAGAUGAGGGCACCUCCACUGCAACGUACUACCUGCCGAAGGAUACCUGGUACGACUUCGCCACCCUCGCCCCAGUCCCAAUGUCCAGCACAGGCACGUGGGUCACCAGUCGAGCUUCAUUCACCCAAAUCCCUCUCCACAUCAAAGGAGGGUCUAUCAUCCCAAUGCGCACCGAAAGCGCUCUGACGACCGCCGAACUUCGAACCAAGCCUUUCAACCUUAUAAUCGCUCCCAGCCACGAUGGUUCGGCAAGCGGCACUCUCUACAUCGACGACGGCGAAACCAUCGACCCUCCCCAGUCUCAAACCACCUUCGUCGAUGUGAAGUUUAGGAAGGGAAGGCUGGUUGUGGAUGGACGGUUUGCUUAUGAUGCUGGGGAGGGCGUGGGGUGGCGAACGGUGAAGAUCUUGGGCGUUGAAAAGCAACCGCGGGGUGUGGAGCUCGAUGGGAGGGACUUGGAAGUCGAUGGUAAAGCGAUGAAGUAUGAUAGGGAGAGGAAGGUCUUGGAGAUCGAGGUCGAAACUCCAAAAUUAGGAGGUUUCGAAGUCAUCUUGAAAUAG